UGCAGUGAGCGGAGAUGCCGCCGCCGCUCCCGGGGUUCCCGCUUGCACUUGUAGCAGCGACGCUCGCCGCCAGACGAGAGCUAGUUGCUGCGCGGGCAAGCCCGCGCGCGCCCUUUCUCCCCCGAGCCUGGCGGCUGCAGUGCUCCGCAAAGGACCACCACUAGCGCGGCUCCCCUCAGCCAGUCCCCGCGGUGCUUCUGGCAAAAGUGGUGGAUGGGGAGAGUGGGCGAAAUGGCUGCCUCCCUCCCCGGCUCAGGAACAGUAGGCACCGCCACCCCCCUGGGGACAGCAGCAGGAGGCAAGUCAAUGCGGCAGCCUCUUCAGUGAGGGAGCAGCACCGAGGCGGGAGGAGCGAAGGACUGACCCGUGUGUCCCGCCGCCGACUCCAGCUCGGCGGGCGAAGGUGCGAGCUAGGAAGACCCCGCCACCCUCACCCCGGAUGCCCGCUGCCGCUGCGCCUGAAGCAUGGGAGCGCUCACCAGCCGGCAGAACGCCGGAGUGGAAGAGGUGGACAUCCCGUCCAAUUCCAUCUACAGAUAUCCCCCGAAAUCCGGAAGCUACUUUGCCAGUCACUUCAUCAUGGGAGGUGAGAAGUUUGACUCUACACACCCUGAAGGCUACCUCUUUGGGGAGAACAGCGACCUCAACUUUCUUGGGAACAGACCUGUACCUUUUCCGUAUGCAGCCCCGCCCCCCCAGGAGCCAGUGAAAACGUUGAGGAGCCUGAUCAACAUCCGCAAGGACACCCUGCGUUUAGUCAAAUGCACAGAGGAAGUGAAGACACCAGGUGAAGAAGUCAGCAAAGCCAAAGUCCAUUAUAAUGUGGAGUUCACAUUUGACACGGAUGCACGGGUGGCCAUAACCAUUUAUUAUCAAGCCACUGAAGAAUUCCAGAAUGGAGUGGUGAGUUACAUCCCUAAGGAGAGCCGUUUACAAUCCGAGACUGUCCAUUGCAAGCAAGGUGUCUGCCAGCAGUUCUGUUUGCCUUCCCAUACUAUUGAUCCCUCAGAAUGGACUGAAGAAGAGCUGAGCUUUGAUCUGGACCGUGAAGUUUAUCCCAUGGUGGUUCUUGCGGUGGUGGAUGAGGGAGAUGAGCAUAUGGGUCACUGCCAUGUAUUGCUGGCAACUUUUGAGAAGCAUGCGGAUGGCGGCUUUUGCGUGAAACCCCUCAAACAAAAGCAAGUGGUGGAUGGAGUGAGCUAUCUCCUUCAGGAAAUUUAUGGGAUAGAAAACAAAUAUAACACACAGGAUUCAAAGGUGGCAGAGGAUGAGGUGAGUGACAAUAGUGCAGAGUGUGUGGUCUGCCUCUCCGAUGUCCGGGACACCUUGAUCUUACCUUGCCGCCAUCUCUGUCUCUGCAACACCUGUGCUGACACCUUGCGUUACCAAGCUAACAAUUGUCCCAUCUGCAGAUUGCCAUUUCGGGCCUUGCUUCAGAUCAGAGCCAUGAGAAAAAAAGUGGGACCCCUUUCCCCCACCAACUUCAACCCUAUCAUUGCAUCCCAGACAUCAGACUCGGAGGAACACUCAUCUUCAGAAAACAUCCCCCCUGGCUAUGAGGUAGUCUCCUUGCUGGAAGCCCUUAAUGGUCCUCUCACUCCAUCCCCAGCAGCCCUUCCACUCCACGUGCUUGGGGACAGCCACGUGUCAGGCAUGCUACCCUCCUAUGGCAGUGACGGCCACUUGCCUCCCAUCCGGACGCUGCCUUCCCUUGAACGCUUGUCAGAUUGUGGCAGUCAAGGACAUAAGUUGAAGAAGAGCCUGUCCAAGUCAAUCUCACAGAAUUCCACGGUGUUACAUGAAGAAGAGGAUAAGACUUGUAGUGAAUCUGAAGUCAGGAUUUCCAGAAGGAAGUCUCCGUGUCCUCACGAAGAGGAAUGUGGUGUGACACCUGAGAGUGAAAAUCUCACCUUAUCCUCCUCAGGAGCAAUAGAUCAGUCUUCAUGCACAGGAACACCUCUCUCUUCUACCAUUUCUUCCCCAGAAGAUCCUGUUAGUAGCAGUCUGGCUCAGUCAGUCAUGUCUAUGGCCUCCUCCCAAAGCCAGCACUCUGAAAUCAGCACAGAUACCAUGUCUUCCAUGUCAGGCUCCUAUGUAGCCCCUGGCACUGAAGAAGAUGGAGACAUGGCUGCAUCCCCUGCUGUUGUCAGUGAGGUACCUUCAGAAGGAGAUUCAACCCCUGUUGAGUCUCCUGAUGCAAAUUUUGUCAGUAUCUCAGCAGAGGAGCGAGAUGCAGAGGGGAAUGAUGUCAUGGAGGAAGAGGAUGCCUCUCCCACACAGGAAGAUGGCCAAAGGACAGGCGCAUACCUAGGUAUGGAGUGUGACAAUAACAAUGACAUUGGCAACGCAAGCGUGAAAGUUCUGGACAAUAAGGUGUGCUCUGAGGCCCGCUUACCUGAUCUCCCAACAUCCGCUGACAACUCUCCGAACCACGGCCAGGUGCUGAGACACCACUUCUCUGAAAACGUUGACUUGGAGUUUGCUGAAGAUAUGCAGUCUUCAUCCUGUAGCCUUUUAGUUACCUUUCGAACAUGCUCAGAUGGCACAUCUAAGGGGUUAAUGCCAGAGAUCUAAUAUCAAUUAUAGACUGUUAAAGAUCUGGGCUGAAUUAUGGGAUAUAACACAGAGAGAGAAAGCUGUUUCAGUAGAAUUAACAUGUCUAAUAUAAACAAUACUUUGAUAAAGAAACAAGUGGCAUCCAGCAGCUUCUCUCAAAGUAGACAAAUAAGUAGCUAGCUCUAAUUGAAAAUUUUCAACAGGAGAAUUCUCUGUGUGGAAAUACACACAGAUGUCCCUCCCCUUGAGCAAAAGAAGUUAACUACAUGUGAAAGUGUGGCUGGGGAAAACAAAGAGAACUGGCAUAAAGUAGCAAUUUGCUGAGAGAGAUACUAAAUGCAUUAUUUGUACAGUAAUGUCCCCUGAAUUUCAUGCAUGAUGUUAAAGUCUGUUUAUAUGGGUAGAAACCCUUUAAAGGUGUCAUUAGUUAUGCAUUUGUUAAUUAUCAUGUUAACAUGUUCUCCUUGGUGAUGAGUAUAUGGAAAUCAUACCAAAGCAGCAGUGUGUAACCUUUUUUUACACUAAAAGAAUAAUUACGUGCUUGUUCAUCUAACAAACAUCUCUUAUGCUGCAAUCCUCUUUCCUCCCUCCCCAACUUGUUACUAGCAGUCUGGUGAAUCUCCAGUGUCUUCUUGGGACCUACAGUUUAGGAAUAUGUGCAUUAGAACCAAUGGAAGUUUUACAGUUUUUGAGAUAGGACCUCUUCUGGACUUCUGAAACCAUGGACAUAAAUGGCAUUCAAGCAAUUGCUGAAAACACGGCAGGAGCAAAACUACUAACUGUAGAUGUUUAGGUUUCUUCUCUUUUUAAAGCUGCUUUACCUGUCUUUAGGUGCCAUCCUAUUGUAGAUUAACCAUAAAGUACUACAGCUUGGCAAUCUAGUUCCAUGUACUAAUUCAGUGAGAAGGAUUCACUUGAAAUUUCCGUAAGAGUACUGGUAGUGGACUGCUUCAAUUUACCUUGAAUCCUUGCUUCUGGCUCUUUGUUAAGAAGCUGUAAUAACUGACAGUUCUUCACCGGGACAUAGAGUUAUUUCCCAGGUCAGACUUUCUGGAUGAUCUUGUGUAGCCUCCAGGGGAAGAAGGCAAGUUGUACCUUGUCACACCCUGCAUCAUUCCUCAUCUCCCCUUCAAGGAUAAAGAUGCAAAUCUGCUCAGGUACUAUCAUACCUUACUUUGUGCAGUCACAUAAAAACAAGUGUGUGCAUAGACAGCUUUUCCAUUGCAUACUUGGAUGGUCUUAUGAAAAAUAUCUACUGAGUUUAUAUAUAUAUAUUACCUGAUCAGUACAGAUGAAAACAUGCUAAAAGAAAACAAACACAGAACUACUUAGCUCUUGUUUUGGCUAAAUCUUCUCCAACAAGAAGUAUAUGUUCUAAAAGCAAUUGUGAAGAACAGAAUGAAGUGACAGGAUCGAGGUUUGAGAGGAAAAGAAACAUGGUCAGGAAAUACCUGUUUACUUUUGAAAAAGAAAAUUCAUUCAAGAUCAGGUGAAUUUUAUCCUUGGAUACCAAAGGAUAGAUGGUGUUGCAUAACCUUCUUUGAAAAAUCUUGGAGUUCAGGUAAAGUGCCAGACAGUUAAAGGAGGAUAAAUGCUUCCCUCUUUGAAAAGGAGAGAAAGAAGGAUCCAGGGAACUAGAGAUAAGUCUAAUAUCAAUAUUUGAGAAGAUUCUCAUACUUAAGGAAUAUCAAUUGAUAAUUCCACAUCAAGCCAGACAGAAGUAUGAAUUUUUGUUAAUGACUGGAAUGAGGAAGUGAAAAUAAUGAUUCUCAGAUUUGCAGACGACACCCCCAAAAGGCAGAAAUAAGGCUCAGAACAAUCUUGACAGGUUAGAGAAGUGGGUCAAAAAUAAUAGAAACGAAAUUUAAUAUAUAAGUGCAAAGUCAUGAAACAAAUCAAUUGUACAGGUAUAGAAUGGAGAAUACCUAACUGGAUACUGGUUAGAUUUUGACGUAGUUGCCACAAGUUAAAUGUGAAUCAGCAGUGUGGUGUUGCUGCAAAAAAUACAAAAGACAUUUUAGGCUGGAUUUACAGAAGUAUAAUUAUCAAAUUGCAGGAAGUAAUUGUUCCACUUUAUUGUGCCUUGGUCAGAUCUUAUCUUGACUAUCAAUUCCAGUUCUUGGCACCAAACAUUAAAAAGGAUUAAAAGAAAAUGGAGUAAGUUCAGAGAAAGGCAAUGAGAAUGAUCAGGAAGCUGGAAAUGAAGACCUGUGAAAAGAAGAACUGAGAAUAUUUGAUCAUGGGAAUAGAAGACUAGGAGGAAAAGAGCAUCUUCAAAGGCCUGAAAGGAUGUUCUAGAGAAGAAGGUCAAGUUCUGUUCUUUAUCCUCCUAGAAUUCAGGACAUGUAAUUAUGCACUUAAGUUAUCAGAAGGGAGAUUUCAAUUGAACAUUAGGAAAGGCUUCCUAACAGUAAAAGCACUGGAAGAAGUGGUGGGUUCCCCUUUACUGGAUGUGGAAAGUGGAUGCCAGACAGCCAUCUGUCAAGAAUUCCUGCACUGAGCAGGAGGUUAGAUUUGAUGGCUGAAAUGGCUCCUAGUUCUUUGAUUUCAUGAACAAUAUUGAUAAUGUUUUGAAAGCUCAACAACAGCAGCAACAAACUAGCAUAUAACCUUGGAUAAUAAUGUUCAGCUUGAAUGACCUUGAGGAGCAUUCACACUAGUGUCCCUUGAAGUGACUACGUGGGUCUGGAAUCUUCACAUGGUUUGGUGCAACUGGUGAACACCCAUAAAAAUACUCUGUCCCAUGAGCAUGACUUUGUCACACUCUUCUCAUUCAUCAUUUAGAAAACUAGGCAAAAGUGCAUUUUCUCAAGUUUACCUCACCUAUUAUGUAGUAUGCCUGUAAAAUAUCCAUAUACUGAGACAAUGCCUGCAAUUAGGACACAUGUUGACAAGGUUCAUGAGAUUGGCCUAGGUGAUGUGUAUAUACUUGAUUAUGUUCUCACCAAUACUCUUGAAACGUGUGUGGUCCUAAUGUUCCAGGCAUUUCUCAAAAGAUUGUAAUAAUGGUAAUCAAAUUGCAGAGAAAGAACUUCCCAGCAAGGCCAUCUAAAAUGUAGCUUUAUCUUGUAGCCUUUUUCUCUCAGGGACGAAGGCCAAGUUUCAUGCACCCCUCCCAGCCAGUUUUUGUUUUUGCGAAAACAGAAAUUGCCAGAUGCAGAAAUUGUGCCCAUCUGAAAUACGUUGAUGAGGAGACAGUGGGAGCAGAUAAGCAAGUGGAACCUCACUCAGGACUGCAGUUAUAUUAGACACUGGGCUAUGAAGGGUGAAGCCCUCUGGAUACACUUGUGUGCACCCAAGUGACAAUGAUGCAAUAUGUACUUAGGAUUGCAUGACUCUUUUAAAGAGUGAAUAAAACUGUUUACAAGGGAAAGAAA